CGUUUGGGCCACCAACUCUCACCACUAGUAUUUUCAUAAUAGACUAACAUAGUCUUAUGACCGCACAAUCACAGGAACUCAACUAACAUUCAAUUCCUUUACUUUGCCAUUCCCAUAUACUCUCUCUCUCUCUCUCUCUCUCUCUCUCUCUCUCUCUCUAAAAUCCAUUCAGAAAAUUCUCACUUAAACUCUUACAAUUCCAAUUUCAUCACUUAAACUCUCCUCUUCCUUUUGAAUCUAUUCUACUGUCUAUCCAAAUCACCAUGGCUUUUCCAAUCAACAAAGGAGACUCUUCUUCCUAUUUCACCCACCAGUGUAGAUAUGAUGUAUUUGUGAGUUUUGGAGGUAAGGAUACCCGCAAUAAUUUUACGAAUAUUUUGAGAGGCAUUUUGAAUCAUCAUGGUAUCAACAUCUUCCUUGAUGACGAGGACUUAAGGAGUAAAAAAAUUUUAGACAAACUUUUCGAAGCCAUUGAAAGUUCAAGAAUUUCAAUCAUUGUGUUCUCUGAAAACUACGCAUUUUCCACUUGGUGUUUGAAAGAACUUGUCAAAAUUCUUGAGUGUGUAAAGAAAGGCCAAAUUGUGCUACCAAUUUUUUAUAUGGUGGAUCCAUCAGAAGUACGUAACCAAAAGGGAAAGUUUGGAGAAGCUUUGACAAAACAUGAAACAGAGUGCAAGGAUAAAAUGGAAGUGCAAAAAUGGAGGAUAGCUCUACAUGAAGCCGGUAAUAUAGGUGGAUGGCAUUGCACAAAAGACCACCCUCAAUUUACUCUUAUCAAAGAAGUUUUUGAAGUGAUCUCAAGAGUUAAAUUAAAUUAUACGAAAAUAUCUGAUGUUAAAUACCCUGUUGGAAUAGAUUCUCGUGUGGAGGAUAUAAAUUGUCUUUUAGAUAUUGAUUCAAAUGAUGUGUGUAUGGUAGUGAUUCAUGGCCUUCCUGGAAUAGGUAAGACAACAAUUGCCAAAGCUAUUUAUGAUUUAAUUGCAUAUCGUUUUGAAGGAAGCAGCUUUCUAGAGAAUGUUAAAGAAAACUCAAGAACAAAUGGUGGCAAACGCCGAUUAAGAGAGGCACUUUAUUUUGAGAUAUUAGGAGGUGGAACUUUGAAGGAGCUUGGUGCAAUUAAAAGAAUCAAUAUGAGAAUGGAAAUGCCUCAGCACAAAAGAAUUCUUAUAAUUCUUGAUGAUGUGGACAAAUUAAUCCAAGUAACAGAUUUGCUUGGUGAAUGCAAUUGUUUUGCUUCUGGAAGUAGAAUUAUUAUCACAACAAGAGAUGAAAAAUUACUAUCUACUCUUCAAGAAGAUUAUCAUUUAACCUACUAUAACUACAGGCUCAAGGAAUUAGAUAAACAUGAAUCUCGUGAGCUCUUUUGUCAACAUGCAUUCAAAGAAAACAAGCCUAAGAAAGGUUAUUCAGAACUCGUAGACCAAUUUUUAAGCUACACUAAAGGUCUUCCAUUAGCUUUGAAAAUAAUAGGCUCUCAUUUGUAUCCAAGAAAUGAUAUACACUAUUGGAAAAGUGAAUUAGAGAAGUACGAAAGAUCUCUUCAUCCAAAUAUUCUAGAAGUACUCAAAAUAAGCUACGAUGGACUGGACCAAACUCAGCAGCAUAUUUUCCUUGAUAUUGCAUGUUUUCUCAAGGGAUUACACAAGGAUGUUGUCGAGCAUAUACUAAACAGUUGCAUUUCUUAUGACCCAUAUUCUGAUAUUGAAAAACUUAAAGAUAAGGAUCUCAUAUUUGUUGAUAAAUAUGGCAAAUUAUCGAUGCAUGACUUGAUGCAACAAAUGGGUUUGGAAAUUAUCAAACAAGAAUCAGAAGUAUCAAAGAAACACAAAAGGUUAUUGUGUUAUGAUGAUGCUUCCGAACUACCAAAUACGGGAUUAGAAGAAGUUGAAGGCAUAACAUUGUGCUUACCACAACCAAGAAACAUGCAAAUAGAUUUUGGAAGGAUGAAAAAACUCAAAUACUUGACUGUUCGUAAUUUAAUUUGUGAAGAUGUUAUGUAUCUUCCAAAUGAGUUAAGAUUAAUUGAUUGGAAUGGAUUUCCUUUACCUUCCUUGCCAGCCACCGUUAAUCUUCAAAAACUUGUUGCACUUAAAGUGCCAGGAAGCCACAUUAAAUUGGAUGGGCAUUUUGAGAGAUGCCGGCUCGCAGCUUUGAAACAUAUAGAUUUAACUGACUGUAAAAACGUUACCAAAUUACCUGAUUUAUCCGUGAUUGCCCCAAACAUAAAGAGGCUGGAACUUGAAAGAUGUGAAAAUUUAGUUGAGAUUCAUCAGUCUAUUGGACUUCUCGAAGUGCUUGAAUAUUGGAGUCUCAGAGGAUGCAAAAAUCUUAAAAUUAUUCCAAGAAUUCUCAAGUUGAAAUCUCUUCAAUCUUUUUUACUUGAAGGCUGUGAAAGUCUUGGGAAGUUCCCCAAUAUUGGGCGAAGUACGGAAACAUUAGCUCUGCCUUCGUCAAUUGGAAAUCUCACUAGCCUUCGUUCGUUAGCCAUCUAUUUUAAAAACCUUAAUUUUCUUCCAAGUUGCUUGUCUGCAUUACCAAAUCUUACUCUCCUAUGUAUGUUUAAUUUUGAAAAUUUUCCAAAGAACCUGGAUAUUCCUGAUUGCUUCCCCAAAUUGGAACAUUUAUUUGUUACGCUCAGCAACAUUACUACCCUCCCGGACAUCUCUAGUAGAUUUCCUCAAUUAAAGAGUCUUUAUAUUUACAACUGCUGUAAUCUUCAGGAAAUUCCAAAACUUCCAUCAUGUACGGGUAAAGUAGAAGUAACAGGAUGCAAAUCUUUGGAUUCACAAUCAAGCAGAAGAUUAUUAAGUCAGUUUGCAGAAAAGGUAGGGCUUCCACGGAAUAUUGUAUGUCCAAGGGGAUCAUCGCACCGGGACUAUGCAUCUGAAACUGAAUUUGCUCAUAAAAAGGGGUUUUCAUUUAAAAUUGAUGGAAGCGUGUUAAUUCAAGGAAGUAAGAUUCCAAAAUGGUUCAAUCAUCAAAUUGGUGGAAGUUCCAUAUCAUUCUCGGUCAGUCGGAAACUUCUUCCAUCAUUUGCUUUCUGUGUUGUUAUACAAGUGCAAUCGAAGGAUAGGUAUAAGUAUCUUAUAUCAUGUGACUAUGCUAUCAACAUUUUCGUUGAUGGUUAUAAAGGAUUGCGCUCACGUACUAUUGGAUUUUUUCCAACUCCACCACCAUCAUCAUCAUCUUAUUCUUAUCUAUGGGUAUUCUAUAUAAGGGAUAGUUCAUUGAAAGGCAUAAUUCUAAAUGGGCGGACUGACGUUAAGCUUCAAUUUGAAUUUUCAAAUAAUAAUCCAGAAAUAGCCGAAAUUACCGUAGAAAAGUGUGGGGUCCAUGUAGCAUGCACAUGUUCUCCUCAGAACUCCGCAUCAGAUAUGGUGGCCUGCAUAAGAAUGCAUGAAAGAAUAAAAGUGAGUUUUGAUGAAAGAUUAAAGAUUUUUUUAUCCAGAGUGGCUGCAGAUGUCCUCCCCUUUAAGCAGAAGCUGGAUGGAUGCCCUCUUUGUGAAAUAGCAGAAGAUUCAGUUUUACAUCUAUUUCAGUGUUGUCCCUAUGCGAAAGGAUUGUGGUAUGGUGGUAGAUGGGGUUUUAGAGUAGAAAUGAUCCAAGCUCAAUCUAUAAGGGAAUUCGUUGAACAUAUAAUUGAACCCCCAAAGGAAUUACUUGCAGAAAGAGUGAACAAAGAUGAAUUCACACUGUAUGCAGUAUUGGCUAUGAAUAUUCUUUUGGAUGCACGGGAGGAUGCCUUGUUUUCAAGCUCUAUAGACAGCAUAAACCAGCUAGUGCACCGUCUUAACAAUCAGUAUGACUCUUACGUGAGAUCACUUGAAGGGCAAAACAGGGGAAGGGCUUGGUUCAAGCCACCUGACCGAUGGGUAAAGCUUAAUUUUGAUGGGUCAUAUGACCAAAGAAUGUAGGCUUGGCUGCAAUUCUCAAAGAUGAACGUGGGAAUGGCAGAGCAAUCAGACGUGGCAUAAACAUCAACGGCAAGAUGGGCAAUGCCAUUGGCCAAACAGGACAGACUUGAGCAAGUUAUGAUAGAGAGUAUAAAGCUUGUUGUUGACCAUUUCUCUUUGGGUUGCUCUGCUUGAAUUUUGUCAUCAUAUUCUGAGCCAACAGAAAGUGACACAGCUAGCUUCAUCAACUUCAUUGCAAGCCCGGUUGGGAAUGGAAGAACAUAAUGAAGGAAAUUUCAGCUUUAUGUAUGGGGUUCACUAAUUGUGUAGCCCACAGCCUUAUAAGAUGGGGUCUGGGGUCGAAUCACUCUAGUCUGAUUUUGCCUGUAAACUUUCAAAAAACGGCCAAGAUGGCCUUGACCUCUUAUGCUGCAUGUAGGAUGCUGACUUCAAUACAUAUCUACUUUCAAAGAAAUGAGAACCUCUUGAUUUAACUUCUAAGAAUAUGUCAAGGUGUCCAUACUCUGCCAACGAUGAGUCUUCACCCAUUAAUCCAUCAAUGGUGAUCUUUGAGUCGCCCUCAAGAACAAUGGAUGAUAACCCAAGAUCUUUAGCAAACUGAAGGGCUUUCUUUGCUGCAAUUACUUCUACUGCAGUGACCGAAAAGGGAAGCUGAAAACUCUCUGCCCAUGGAUGCUACGACUCUACCAUUCUCAUUUCGGACAAUAACUCCAGCACCAGCAAGAUUAUCAUCUCUAAACAUUGAACCAACAAAAUUUACCUUGAGUUUCGGCCAAGGUCCGGGUUUCCAGAUAAGAUGAGGUGGAGUCUGGCUAGGUUGGUCAGGUGGUCAUGGAGGAAUGGUUCGGACAAAGGAAGCUCUGGCAUUUGCUUGGAUCUAUGCUUUAUGCUUUGAGUUUCAAGGCUGUUUAGCAGUAAGAACCAAAUUAGCAUUGAGGGAAGCAUGAAUCUUCAACAACACUGCAUUCCUACUAAAGCUUAGAGCCAUGCGACACCGUUUCAUUUAAUGAAAGAAUGAUUUAAGAGAACAAUGCCAUUUCAGUCUUGGAUAUUAAUUAACUUAUAACAUGUGAGAUCCAUGCGUACUAACUAACUCUAAGAUUACUGUUUCAGUCUCUAAUAGUUUGUUAGAUCUGUAAGUGACUCUAAUCCUAUAGACAACUAUAUAAAAAUGAAUCUAACAUAGUUUCUGAGCUAAUAUAAUCAUUUAGAUAUUUUCUUUUAUAUUUCCUUAUUCCUUCGUUGAAUCUCACAUGGUAGUAGAGCCUUCAGAAUUCUCUUUGGUGGUUGGAAUCAACAAUGCUAGUGAUGUUUGGAAUACUUUGGAGCAACGAUUCGCUUCAACUUCGAGGGCUAAUAUUUUGAAUUUGAAGAUUGAACUACAAAAUAUAAAAAAGGCACUGAAACUAUCAAUGGAUUCUUACAGAGAAUUAAAGCUGUAAGAGAUCGAUUACUAGCAGUUGGUGUUACAGUGGAUAACUAAGAGUUAAUCUGCAUAGUCCUCAGAGGCUUGCCUAAGGGGUAUGCUCACUUUUCUUCUGCAAUCAAGACUCAAUGUUAAUCAUUCAUAUGAAAAAACUCUGAUUGAAACGCCGAAGGAAAUUUGCAUUCUAUGGCAAUGUAUGCCUCAUCAAACUAGAAGCAAAAUUUGAAUCAUUCACAGGCACAGAUGUGUUUGAGUUCAGGAGGAAUUCAAGGUCGAGAAAGAAAUUCACAUAACCAUGGUAGAGGAGGAAGGUUCAUAUAGUCUCAUGGUCAAAUGCGCUGAGCUGAUUGUUUCCCUGGAGAGAAUCCCAACUGAUGUUGGCAAAGACACCAUUUUUCGGAAUAUUUCUGGAUAGCUGGUUUUCAGAAAUGUCCAUGAUGUCAAACUGUCUCAAAUGGCCAAAUUCGUUGGGCAGAGAACUGCUUAAAGAGUUAUUUGCCAACAGCAAAAAUUUUAGCUGGGAAGCUAAAAAAAUUUGCUUUGGAAUGCUUCCAUUGAGUGCUGUCCUUGCUAGAACAAGCAUCUCUAAUCACUGGCAUGUUGCUAUACUCAUGGGAAUUCUACCAGAUAACCAAUUGUUUGUCAUGUCGAGCUCAUAUAACUGUGUAAAAUUGCUAAAGAUAUCCUGAAUUUCUCCAGAGAACAAGUUGUCAGUAACCAUAACUCUUUCUAGUUUCUGAUGUUUUCCAAUGGAGUUUGGUAUUUUGCCUUUGAAAAAAACUUUUCUCAGUUGAUAAGUACACAAGGUUUUGAUACUUUUCCAAUCUUUGAAUAAAUGUUGGAGAUUGACAGAGAGAUUUGCAACAGAAGGGGGAAGUUCAUCAGCUGAUUGGUUAGAAUUCAGAUGGAUUUCCCUUAGCAGGGUACAGUUUGUAAGGGAAUCAAAUACUUGGUAAUUGAGCUUUGUUGUAGAAGAUAAACUGUUCCCACCAAGGAGUAACUGGACAAGGUGUUUCAAGUCACCAAGUAAAGGAAUAUGCCCGGUGAAAUUAUUUGAAGAGUUCAAUAUUUGAAGCGUUGGAUAAAGAACUUGGUAUUGGUCCUUCAGAAGAUUGCAUUAGUUUAAAAGAAUUAAGUCAUAUUAAAAAUAUAAA